CAACCAACAACACAUUACUUUUUGCUUGCUCUGUCAUGUGUUUUAAGAAUUUUUAUGGCCACUCAAUUGCAGUUUAGGCUUUUGUUAAAGAAAUUGUUAAAAUUCAGAAUGUUUACAGCGCUUGGCACAUCUAACAUUCCAGUAAUAAUUUAAUGACUAUAUUACUAGGAUCACAUGGCAUUCAGGAAACAGUUUAAAGAAGUGAAACUAACUGUUGUGCACUGUUGUCUCUACAAUGAGACACGUUUCCCAUUCGACAACAGUCAAGACUCUAGAGGAGAUGUAAACUAGCAUUGUAACAGAAAAAAAAAAAAAAAAAAACUUAAUAGCAGGGUUUAAACAUUCAGUUGGUCGGAUAGAAGUUGUUAACAAUCCCAGGGGCUGUUUAAAUAAAGAGUUGUGAUCCUAUAAUGAAGAGGAAGUGACUGAAGUUGAUGAUAAAAUGGCUGAGAAGCGUCAUCUGCAUCACCUCGGACUGAUAAUCCUCUGGUCAUUUGUCACAGGUACCACUGGAGUGGAUGAAACACACGAGUUCUGCAGUUCUGGUGGAAGUGUCCGUCUGCCCUGUAAUGAUGCUCUUUCUGACUGCACAUCAACUACAUGGAUCUAUAGCAGACAUUCAAAGACAGUUGAACUGAUCACUUCAGGGAAAAAGAAGACAGACACAGAGAGACAUGAGAGACUGAGUCUGGGCUCUGACUGCUCUCUGAACAUCAACAAAGUCACAAAAGAAGAUUAUGGAUCUUACAGCUGCCGACGAUAUGUGAAUGGACAACAAUAUGGAAGUGAUGCACGUGUUUACCUGCAUUUUCUUCAUGUUUCAGUCUCUCCAUCAUCCUCUCAGAUCAGAAGCGGCAACUCUGUGACUCUCUUCUGUCAGUUGUAUUAUGAUCGAGUCUCUUGUGAUACAUUGGUCCGUGCUGAUGGAGUUCAGCUGAUCUGGGAGAAUCAGGCUGGUGUGAACCUACAGACAGACUCUAGAUAUCAGAUAUUAUUCUCCUCAGGACACUGUAACAGCACUCUGACUACAACACUCCUGGAUGAAGAUAACAACCAAGAGUGGAGAUGUCUGAUUACUCAGAGAAAUCAAGUGAAGACCUCAGCCACAUAUAUUGUCAGGUAUUCAGGAACAUCAACUACAAACACAUCAACUCCAAACACAUCCGAAUCUCAAGUGACUGUGAUCGUGAUGUCUGUUCUGGCUGCUGUGUUAAUUGUUGCCCUUGUUUCUGUUCUCUGGGUGAUCUAUACAAAAAGAGCUCGUAAUAAAGGAGGAGCUGAUAUAUCUGUGGACAAAGAUAGGGAUGAAAAUAAAGGGACCUAUGAAUUCAUCAAAAUAUCCAUUCCUACUACGCCAAACACCAAUGUACAGACAGCUGAUGUGAUCUAUUCUGAGGUUACCGCUUCCAGUAAAAAACAAGUAAAUACGCAUUAUAUUGAUUCUAAUGAUACAGUGACUUACGCUGCCAUCAGAGGAACAAAAGAUGCACCUCAGGAUGGACUUUACGCCUCUGUGAACACCACCACCCCUCACAAAUAAACUUUAAUUAUGCAAAUCAUUGCAUGACCUCACAUUAUGAGCAGAUUUGCAGUUUUUCACUCUGCAGAGAUUUAUGCAUUUAUGAGAUUCAUUGUGUUAAUGGACAGAACUUUUAUAUGACAUUUUUGAGGAAUAUACUGUGAAAAUCUACAAACACAAUUCUGAAGGAACUGUUAAAAAAAGUUUUAAAUGCAUAUAGCAGAGAGAUAAUUUUUUAAAAUAAAAAUAUAAAGCAUUUUAUCAUCUGUAGUCUGGGUCAGUUCACUGUAACAUUGGCUUGAAGGUUUUUCAGUUGAAUUUCUGUCUUAAAUAAUUUUAUGAUUCUCGCACUCAUUCUUUUUUCUUUGUAUUGACUUCCUUUGGGCUCUAUUGUAAGAAAGCAUGGUGUAUCAUUUCACCGCUAUGCAGAUGAUACCCAAAUCUAUGUACCUUUUGAAACAUGCUGCCCUAGAAUCUCCUUUUGCAUGCCUUGAUGAAGUAAAAACGUGGUUCUCUUAAUUUUUUUAUUAUUUCUGAAUGAAUCAAAAACUGAGGUUAUUGUCUUUGUCCCCAGUGAAAAUUCAGGGAGCAGUGGUAUCUGAUCAACUUUAUUCAUACAAUCCUACACGAAAUCUGAGGUCUGGUGAUCAAAGACUUCUCUCGUCCCCAGAUCAUGGAUAAAGCAUAGAGGGGAUAGAGCCUUUGCAGUUGCUGGCUCUAAGCUGUGGAACAGCCUUCCAGCUUAUAUCAGACCGGCACAGUCGAAAUGUUUUUAAAUCAUCUCUUAAAACCUAUUUCUUUUCUUGGGCUUUUGAUGUAUUGUGAGUUUAUGUUAUGAAUCUGUGGGUUGUCAUCUGUUCUAUGUCUUUGUUUGUUCAGCACUUUGUCAUACGUGCUUGUAUUUAAACAUGCUAUAUAAAUAAAACAAACUUGUAACUUCAUCCUC